GGUGCGCUGAGCGGAGAGACAGCAGAGGAUGCCGAGGGGACGAAGUGAAGACAAGCCGGGCGGACAGCUGCUUUAGUAUCUCGGAGGACAGCAUCAUGAUCAGUCUACUGCGCCCCCUACUGGCCACCUGCCUGUACCUGCUGCUGCUGCUGCUGCUGCCCGGCGGCCAAAGCAGGAGCCCCGCGUACAACAACGGCUUUUACUACCAGGACAUCAGCAACGGAAACGGGAACGGAGAGAUCUUCUUCAAUGGGGUUCGUCUCCAUGUGGAGUCCCCUCAGCCUGCAGUGUCGGCCGUCAGGGGGAGCAGCGUCACCCUCCCCUGUCACUACCAUUACGAGCCUGAGCUGACCGUGCCACGCAGGACCCGGGUCAAAUGGUCCUGGUUGCCUGCCAACACCAUCAGUGCACCUGUUUCCCCAGCAGCCGCAACCACGGAAACUGAGGUUAUGGUAGCCAUGGGCAACCGCCACCGCAGCUACGGCAGUUUUCAGGGCCGCGUGCGCCUGCGACGCUCAGCGCCAGGCGACAUGUCUCUAGUAAUCAAUGAGCUGCAGCUCAACGACACGGGCAGAUACCGCUGUGAGGUGAUUGAUGGUCUGGAGGACGAGAGUGUGACGGUGGAUCUGGAGCUGCAAGGUGUGGUGUUCCCCUACCACUCCCAGAAAGGACGCUACAAUUUUAACUUCUUUGGGGCCCAGCAAGCAUGCCAGGAUCAGGACGCCACUCUGGCCACGUUUGAGCAGCUCUUCGCAGCGUGGGAGGAAGGACUAGACUGGUGUAAUGCUGGCUGGUUGGCUGACGGCACAGUGCAGUAUCCGAUCACAGACCCACGUGACGGCUGUGGGGGCGUGGACUUAGCUCCUGGUUUGCGCAGCUAUGGACAACGGCAUCGUGUCCUCCAUCGCUAUGAUGCUUUCUGCUUCUCUGCCUCUGUCAAGGGGAUCGUGUACUUCUUAAAGCGCCCGACCAAGCUCAACUUCACAGAAGCAGUCCAGGCUUGUGCCAGCGAUGGAAGUCAAAUUGCAAAAGUGGGCCAACUCUACGCUGCCUGGAGGUUAAUGGGAUUGGACCGCUGUGAUGCCGGCUGGUUGGCCGACGGGAGUGUCCGCUAUCCUAUCACAAAGGCUCGAGCCAACUGCGGCCCAGCAGAACCAGGGGUGCGUAGUUUUGGGUUCCCACCUGUGUACCUGAAAUUUGGCGUCUACUGCUAUCGGUAGAUGCUUUGACUCAUCACAAAAGCAAAGCGUUCUAACAGUGUGCUGGUUCAAGGUCUGCACGAGAGGUUAGCAUUAGCUGUAGCUUGGAAGCAAAUUAGCAGUUAGUGAGUUUGUUCAUUUCUGAGCUAUUUUGAUGCCACUCGGGUUAAUUGCUCUCCACGACCAUAACACUGUAGCUGAUACUAUCAGCAAACAUUUGUCAAAUUAAAUCAUGUGAUGCCACUUGUACUCAGACAAAAUGUCAAGACCAUAUGGCCAGACGUAUAUGGACACAAACACAAACAUGGGCAUUAAUAUGCUGGUGUAACUCCACCCCAUUCUUCUGUGAAAGCUUUCUACCAGACUUUGGAAUCUGUCUGCAGGACUUUGCUCUCAUUCAGUCACAACAGCAUUAGUGAGGGCAGCGGCAGAUGUUGGACUGUUGGGCCUGGCUUGCGGUUGGUAUUUCAGUGCAUCCUAAAGGUGUUGGCUGAGGUUGAGGUCAGGACUCUGUGCUGGCUGGUCAGGAUCCUCCACAUCAAACCGUGAGAACUGAUUCUUAAUGGAACUCCAUUCAUACUCGUGGGCAUUGUUGAAGGACCUUCUCCAAACUGCCCCUGAUCAAAAGUACAUGAAAGUAUAUGGAAUAGAGCGCUCACAUACUAUUGGCCAUAUAGUGUGUAAUGUCCCAACCACAACAACCCAACAAUCCUGCAGAGAGUCCUUCCCAUCUUCUUGCAUUCAGUUAUCUUUUUACUUACUGAUAAAAUCGAUCUUGUUUUGAAAUUUGGCUGAGUAGCUUUGACUUUGAUCGACCACCAGCACUGACUUUGAUUCACAGAUAAUAUAUUUCAAGCUCAGGGAAGGUUUUCAGACUCAGGAAAACCUUCAUAUUCAAAUUAAUUCACUGCUCUCCAACCAUACCUCAAUCCUUCUACCCUGUAUUUAUUCAAUAAAACGUUUACAUUGUUUUUUAAGAAUUGCCCUCCAGAACAUUGCAGUGAAAGGACAAACAUUUAAACAUUUAAUCCUUGGAGCUUCAUAUAACAGCCGCAAACUUCUGGGUAAAGUGCCUUGCUAAAGGGCGCCUUGAUGGUUGUGCGAGUGUUUUCCUAUCAAAUUUUUCCCGUUACUUCCACCACAGACUCUUUCUAUCUUUCUAACACUGUGAAGUACAUGUGUAAGCAGUUUUACAAAAUAUAACACAUCUCUUUUUCAUUUUGCUGGGUGAUUAAGGGCAGUGCUCUGUGAUGGAGAAAGCAGAAGUUAUGAGUGAGUAUCUGUAUUGUUGUAAUAUUUAAACUACCGUACCUUGUUUACAUCCAUUGUGGAAGAAGAAACAGUGUUUUGUUGUACUUUUGUUGUUUUUCAUCACAUCUAUGCAUUUGUACUAUUUUCUACAAAUAAAUAACACUACUGUAAAGACGUUUUCAUAUGAGGUAUAUUUGUAAGAAGAGAUCAGGUGAUUUUAAUCCUUCCU